CGAUCAUCCUUCCUCAUCCAUCAUUCUCAUUAGUAGAGCGCAUCAUUUAAGCCAAGCAAGCUGUGGUCAAUACAAAUCCACCAUGAAGACCUUUCUCAUCCUUGCCCUCCUUGCUAUCGUGGCGACCACCGCCACAACUGCAGUUAGAGUUCCAGUGCCACAAUUGCAGCCACAAAAUCCAUCUCAGCAACAGCCACAAGAGCAAGUUCCAUUGGUACAACAACAACAAUUUCUAGGGCAGCAACAACCAUUUCCACCACAACAACCAUAUCCACAGCCGCAACCAUUUCCAUCACAACAACCAUAUCUGCAGCUGCAACCAUUUCCGCAGCCGCAACUACCAUAUUCACAGCCACAACCAUUUCGACCACAACAACCAUAUCCACAACCGCAACCACAGUAUUCGGAACCACAACAACCAAUUUCACAGCAGCAGCAGCAACAGCAACAACAACAACAACAACAACAACAACAACAACAACAACAACAACAACAACAACAACAACAAAUCCUUCAACAAAUUUUGCAACAACAACUGAUUCCAUGCAUGGAUGUUGUAUUGCAGCAACAUAACAUAGUGCAUGGAAGAUCACAAGUUUUGCAACAAAGUACUUACCAGCUGCUGCAAGAAUUGUGUUGUCAGCACCUAUGGCAGAUCCCUGAGCAGUCGCAGUGCCAGGCCAUCCACAAUGUUGUUCAUGCUAUUAUUCUGCAUCAACAACAAAAACAACAACAACAACCAUCGAGCCAGGUCUCCUUCCAACAGCCUCUGCAACAAUAUCCAUUAGGCCAGGGCUCCUUCCGGCCAUCUCAGCAAAACCCACAGGCCCAGGGCUCUGUCCAGCCUCAACAACUGCCCCAGUUCGAGGAAAUAAGGAACCUAGCGCUACAGACGCUACCUGCAAUGUGCAAUGUCUACAUCCCUCCAUAUUGCACCAUCGCGCCAUUUGGCAUCUUCGGUACUAACUGAGAAGAAAAUAACUCUAGUACUAGAUAUAUGAAACACCGUUUUCUCAGUCCAUGGUUUGGUCGUUGUAGCGGUGAAAAAAUAAUGUGACAUGCACUAUCAUGUAAGAACCCGAACUAUACUAGUUCAAACUUGGGAAUAAAAGACAAACACAGGUCUUGUCUACA